CAAAACACAAGUAGAAAAAUAAUUAUUUGUUGUUGUUAGAAGUGUCAUAAAGAUAUAUACGUAAUUACUAACAUAAGUAAAAAUGGGCAUAGAAUUAAACAAAGUCAAAUCACACUCGCUAUAUUUCCAAUUUUCUUUCCCCCCUUAUUUGUUACUUUUCUCAAACAUUAUCGGUUAAUACUAUAUUCCUCCGUCCAAUUUUCACCUUCUUUUUCAUUCUCUCUUUUGUUUUCGUCCUUUUCAUUAAGCACAAAUAUGAGCAUGGCACGAGCACAAAUAGACACGACACGAUUCGAACCGUGCCUAGAAUAAUUAACAAAUGGGCUUGCAUGGCACGACACGAAAACUGACGUGCCAUGCCAAGCACGACACGAAAUAAAUGGGCCCGAAGCGUGCCCGCGCCGUGCUGGCCCAAGCACAGCCCAACGCCCAUGUACAGGCUAGCCUCUCCGGUAACGAUGGUCUGCUACAGUUACAAGGCCCAUUAAGAAAGGACUACGAGUUCAGUUCUAGCUUUUCUUUGCUUGUCAUAUCAAUGGGCCGAAGUUCAUAACUCGGAUUUCAAACCCAGCCCAGAAAGGAAGCAUCCAAAAUCAGAGGGGAGAGGCAGAACGCAAAGGUCUGAAAACACGGGCAAGGUUGAUGGACGGUAGCGGAGAAGAUGCGCCGCCGCCGGCGGCAGCCCUGCGAAGCCCUAACCACCAUGGAACUGAAGUGACGGCGACGAAGACGGAUAGGGGAACGGAGACUGGGCAAGAGGGGAAACCGAAAGUGGUGGUGAUUAUGGGUGCCACUGGUGCGGGGAAAUCCAAACUGGCCAUUGAUUUGGCAGCCCACUUUCCGAUUGAAAUCAUCAACGCCGAUUCUAUGCAACUCUACCGUGGCCUCGAUGUUAUCACCAACAAAGUUACCGUUGAUGAGCAGAAAGGUGUGCCGCAUCAUCUUUUGGGGACUGUAAAUCCAAAUGUUGAAUUCACGGCUAAGGAGUUCAGAGAUUCUGCUCAUCCUAUCAUCAAUGACAUCAAGCGUCGCAACUGCCUACCGGUUGUUGUUGGUGGAACAAAUUACUACAUUCAGGCUCUUGUAAGUCCAUUCCUUCUGGAUGAUACAACAGAAGAUGAUAUUCCUGGAGAUGAGCAUAUUGAUCUAAUUUCUGAAUCGGAUGGAGAAAGUUUCAGCUGUGACUAUGAUUAUCUUAGAGCCGUUGAUCCUGUUGCAGCUGACAGAAUUCACCCAAACAACUACAGAAAAAUAAAUCAGUAUCUUAAUUUGUACGCCCAAUCUGGUAUUCUUCCUAGCAGAGUUUAUCAAGGAAAAGCUGCCGAGAACUGGGGCCGUGCUGAUAAUUGUAAGUUCGAUUGCUGCUUCAUAUGCGUUGAUGCCUCUGUGCCUGUACUGGACCACUACGUGGAACAAAGAGUUGAUUGCAUGAUUGAUGCUGGGUUGCUCAAAGAAGUCUCUGAAAUUUACAAGACAGAAGCAGACUAUACUCGAGGUUUGCGGCAAGCCAUUGGUGUUAGGGAGUUUGUGGAGUUUCUGAGAGUUUACCACUUGGAAAUAUUGAACACUAAAGAUUUCAAUAGUCUCAACCAAUCUCCAUCUACGAACAACAUUGGGAAAGAUAAUAUAAGGGAAAUCCUCAAUUCCCCUGAUGAUGAUAAUCCUCUCAAAAUCCUGUUAACAGAAGCAAUCGACAAAGUGAAAUUGAACACCAGAAGACUUGUGCGUCGUCAAAAGAGGAUGCAUACACGGCUCCAGAGAUUGUUCAGCUGGAAUAUAAACUACGUCGAUGCCACAGAGGCCAUAUCAAGUAGAUUGGAGGAGUCAUGGGCGACGCAAGUAGUUGAACCAGCUGUAAGAAUUGUCAGAUCUUUUCUCCAGGGGGAUGAAGGGAACCUCUCGACAAACGAUACAUCUGGAUCAAUUGAAAGAGACCUGUGGACUCAAUACACAUGCAAGGCAUGCGGAGACAAGGUACUCAGAGGAGGCCAUGAAUGGGAGCAGCACAAGCAGGGUCGUGGGCAUCGAAAACGGAUAUAUAAGCUUCGGAAGAAGUCGCUACAACUGCAAGAAGGUGGCCUUCCCUCUAUGGAACCAGUCAAACCAGAAGCAAAAUCCUGCUGCUGAUUGAAGUGCCUUUUUCAGUUGGUCAAUCGUGCUGACACUCGUGGCAAGUAGAGAUUCUUCUGUUUUAUAGUAUCCAGAUAGCCUGCUGCUUUUAGUGUUUGAUAUAUUGAACAAUAGAAGGUCGUCUCUCUUGGUCAAAACUCAUGGUUGCUGCUGAAUCUGCUUAGGAGCUGCCAUUUGUGGCUGUCCGGUAGAUGUCAACUAAUUACUAAUUAGGGGUCAACAUAUUAUCUUAAUUACUCUGGCCGGCUCGUCUCUUACGUAAUGAUGAUGAAAUUCUAUAAUUGGAGUUCCUCUGUUUCUUACCAGGAUUUAUUGUUCGUUUUACUAAGAGCGAUGGAAUUCUAUAAUUGGAGUUUUUAUAAUUAUUGCGACUAAGAAUCGGAUAAUUAGAACAGCAACAACAACACUAUUUCUUGUUCAAUCAGGUUAGGAAUCUCCAAUGCCACUGGAAGCCUAGCGUUUGGACGGACUGUGAAGUUCAGCAUCCAUUGAACAAAAAUUACAAACUUCUUUCUUGUUCGAUCGGCCAAGAAGCAUCACUACUUCAAGCUGGUUCGAGUUUUUGGAGGAAUACGUACGAAAUGCCCAACAAGUCUCUUUGUACGUGAUAAUGCUCAUAUUUUACUAAACUCUAAUAUGUAUUUUUUUUUUCCAUAGUCAUAUGGAUACUUCAAGUUGAAUUUGUAUCUAAAAACACCAGUUUUUUAAACUAUAGUAGAAGGGUUAUGCAUCCUUAGGUUACUAUGAUUUGCUGGGUUAAUUAAUUCGACAAGUAUGUUUAUGUUUAUUGGCGAAGAGUUAUCUAUGUAUUAUGCUUAUUCUGGAUACUUUAGUAGGCGGCCAUGUACAUGCCGAUGUAGAUACCCUUUUUACAUCGCUAUAGGUAUCCUUAGGGAUUCCAGUUGUGAUUUUAAUUACAAUUUGGGCAUCAUUGUUUUGCUCAUCUGUAGGGCAAAUUGAACCGACAUUACUUUUGGCCGCAUUUUAUUGUACCAAACAAAGAGGAUAAUGAGUUUGGUAUAGUUUUAAUAUUUUAAGUAUUCAUACCAAACUCAAUCCACUAUAUAUGUGCUACAACUAUGUUAUGAACUCUCGUAUUUCACCACUUCGAUCAUCUAUAUCUUUCAAAUAUUAUAAUUAUCUAUUAGAUUCUAAUUUUUUUAUUCAUUCUCACAUUUACAAACAAUAUCUAAAAGAAAAUUCAAUUAAUAUCGUCUUUUAUAUAUAAUUCUUUUAUAUAUAAUUCUCUAGGAGAUAAUGAGAAUGAGUUUUCUCCAAAUAACAUAGGAAUUAUGAU